AUGAAAUAAUUAUUCCUGAAUUACAGGCAUAAUAAUGAAAUGAGAAAAAAUACAUAUCAAGUACUAUCUACAUAGUUAAUAAGAUUCAAUUUAGAAAUGGAGAAACUGUUUCAUCUGAAGGAUUUUUAGAAAGUGAAAAUAAAAUUUAGAGGGCGAAUUUUAUAUUUCUUUUUCCUUUAAGAGCCAUAAAGGAAAACAUCUUCUACUUUUUACUUCUUAUAUUAUAAGCAUUUUCUUCCCUGCCUUUAUAUUUUGUGGCAAUCCCCUUAGUGUUACAAUAAUGGAUAGUUGAUUUACAUAAUUGUUUAAAAAUACGAAACAUGGAUAAAAUGUUAAAAGAAUAAGAGGCAAAAAUUAUAAAGUAAUGGGAUGAUUGCAUAGUUAAUAAGGAAAUUAUAUCAAAAAUAAAGGAAAGAUAGGAUUAGAAAGAUUAAAGUGAGAGUAAUUUGAGAUUAAAAAGUAAGUCAUAGGUUGAAAGGAAUUCGUAAAACAAUAAGAAAGUUGAGUAUGGUCAGAGUCAAAAGAAAGGAAUCUCCAGAACAAUUAUAUGUAAUAAAAUUGACUAACUCAUUUUAGCAAACGAUUCCAUACCAUUUUAAUAAAUCCAAUACAAAUAGCAACAAAGUAACAAAAAUAUCAAAGCAUCUGAAAAUAUUAAGAAAUAAAAUCAAAUGAGUCCAUUAAUUUAUAAGGAUUUGGCUUUGAAAUUACAAUAAAUUUAAAUAAUGGAAACUGAUCCUUUGAUUAUUCAAUUUAAAAAACUGGUUCCAAGCAUAUUUCCUAAAGACUUGGUUUAAACAACAGCAAAAAUACCAUUAAAUGAAAAGUUGAAAAAAAUGGAGAAGGAUAAAAUGAAUUUAAUUAAAUCUCAAAAUGUUAAAGAUAUUAAAAUAGGUGAAGUUAUAUUAUUGCAAAGAAAUGAAAUUGCCCCAUGUGACAUAAUUGUGUUGCAUUGCAAUGAUGAGAAUUUUUGUGUUUAAUAAUAGUUAUGUGAUUACUCAUAAUCAACUGUGAGAAAACCAGUAGUAUAAAAUAGAUGUAAAAAUUAAAUCUUUGGUAUUAGCUGAAUCACAAACUUUGGUUUAAUUUAAAAAGUCUUUGACUGGAAAUAUAGUAUUUCAUGAACAAAACACUUAAAUCAGAGGUUUUUUUCAAUUAAAGAAAGAUCCUUAAUCUAAAAUGCUUGACUUUGAAAAUUUCAUAUUCUGCUAAGAGAAAUUAUUGGCAACCCCUUGGAUUUUGGGAGUGGUUGUGAAAGUAGGCAAUGGUUGCUUUUGCUAUUAAAAACUACAAGGAAAAUUAAGAUUUGAUAAUAAUUAGUAUUUUGGAUUUUACUUUGUUAUUUGUGUAAUCAUGAUUGUAAAUAUUUUUAUAUCUUUUAGAUUUAAAUCAUAGCUUUUAAUCAGAAUGAAUAUAUGUAUGAAUUAAGAUAGAUAACAUAAAUUGUACUUGAUAAUUGCAUCUACUUAAUUUUGAUGAUUCCUCAUUUCUUUAAGAUUUAUUAUAAUAUCUGCAGUCUAUUUUAAUUAACAAUAAUCGGUACCAUGGAUUAAAAAUAAAUUAUGUCAUGUCAUAUAGAUAGAUAUUUGGAGAAACAGUUUCUUACUGUUAGUGUAGAGGCAUUAAUAGAAUAGUCAUUUAAAUUGAAACGCAUUAUUUACAAUAAUUAAUAUUGUGAUUUUGAAGAAUAACAAUUUUUGCAAUUCUUGACAACAGCAGAAAAUGGAUUAAAUAAAUAAGAUUAAGGUAAGAAUACUAAUGAUAAUAAUUUAGAACAAAUGAAUAACUAAUUAAAUUCUUAAGUCGUUAAUUAUGAAAUGUAGAGUUCAAGUUCAGAGAUUUUAUUUAGUCAAAGAGAAUGCAUUGUUAAUAAAGUUCCAAAAUCAGUUGAUGGUAGAUUCAUCCACUGUUAUUAAUAAGAUUACAAAGAUGAAUUGAAUCUAAAUCAAGCUCAAUUAAUUUUCUAAGAAUAAAUUCAGAAUGAUAACAAUUUAUUCGAAAAUCAGGAGAUAGGGGAUCAUCUUACUGCUUAAAGAUAAUCUAACCAAUAAAAAAGCUCAAAAAUAUAUCAAUCAUCAAAGGAUUAGGUAAAAUAAGAUAAGUAUUUAAUCGAUGAAAAUGCUCUCUAUAAAUCUAUGAUAUAGAAUAAUACAAAAAAUGAACUCAAUCCUUUACUUUUGUAAUUGGCAAUGAAUCAUCUUGCAUUUUCGAAAUUAUUGAUUACUGAAAAAAAAGAAUAAAAAGUCAAAAAUAAAUUUCUCAGUUUGCUCGAUCAAAAGUAAGUCAAUAUGGCUAAGAUGAUGGGUUAUGAAUUCAUUUGUGUAAAUAAUGUUUAGUAAUAUAUUUAUCAUAUUGAAUAGGUAGUAAUAACAUUAUAUCAUUUAAAUCAACAAAGAGCUUUAUUAAUUCAAAUUAGUUAACACUAAAUUACAUAUCCAAAACCAAAGACUGUACAUGUUAUUUGAGAUGGAUGACUAAUCUUAAGAAAUUGAUCAACAAUUCAUUUUAUUCUUGAGAGAAGCUAACGUAAGGAAAAAUGAGAGUAUUGAAGAUAAGGUGUUGAAACUUCAAUCAGAGUCUUUACAUUACAUAUACUAUUACUAUUGUUUUUUAAGUUAAGAAGAAGCUAACUUAUAUUUAUCUUCUGCGGAAAGUAAUAUAUCAGAAAAUUAAUUGUACACACUCAUGGAACAGCUAUUUAAAUUGAAUAUUAUAUUUGGUUUGAGCUAUGAAUUGAAACAGGAUUGUCAAGAUUUUAUGAGAAAUGUCAGGAAAUCAGAUUAUUAAUUAUUCAUUUAUACUCAAAAUUAGGAGAUUUCAGCCACCUCUAUACUAUACUAAACUGAAUUGUUAUAAUAAAAUGAUUUAAUCUUCCAUUUCAAUUAAUAAAAUGAAGAAGAUUUAAGAGCCUACUUUAAGUAAUGUCUUGAAGAAUUUUCUAAUUAGUUUUCUCAUGCUAGUAUCAAUAGUUCUAGAUAUAUCAAAAUAUCAAAUUAUAGUGCUUAAAAGUCUACUGAAUUGGAUCAUGCUGCAGAAAAGUCAAAGACUAAAAAAGUAGUUGUCAUUUUGAACAAUUCAACUUGUUAAUAGAUAAUGGAGAAUGUUUACUUUAAGAACCAUUUAAAAUUAUUACUUAAUUUUACCAAAGCAUUAUUUUUGUACUAAGCAACUCAAGACCAAUUAAAUAUUGUCUAAGAAUUAUGGUGUACAUCACAGAAAACUAUUAAUCUAUUAUCUGAAAAUUAAAGCUUGUUAAGAUGUAUUAGUGGAUGUUAAAUUUAAAUAUUACAAUUAUAACAAUUUAGCUAAUUUAGAAAUUAGAAAUUCGGAAGAGUGGACAAGAACAAUUUCUUUAGGAAAUUAAAAUAAUCUUUGAGAUAACGACUUAUUUAUGAAAAAUGCUAUUUUAAUGAAUUGUAAAUUAAUUCAAAUACAGAGGUAAUUAUUUAAGGUUUUAAAGAAUUGGAUAGAUUAUUAUUCUUUUAAAGUCCUUUAUUAAAAAUAUUGUUUAGAUCCAUAUAAUAAUAAACUAUCUACAAAACAGUAACAUUUAUAUCUUAUUUUACUUUUACUUCAAUCCUUUACACAUGGAAUACAUUAGAUUAAUUGAAUUACUUGUUAGAAAUAGCAUUCUAUUUUUACAUAUACCAAUUCUUUUUAUUUGGUAUCUAACAUUAUUAAUUUCUUGAUGAUUCAAAGAAACUCAAAUACACUCGGGAUUAAUCUCUUUUACUUUAAAUGUACUCUAAACAUAAAUCUGAAACUGAAAUAUAGAUAUUAAUAGUAAUUAAGAAUAUUUUGUAAGGAAUAUUAGUUUCAUGCAUAUUCUUAUAUGAUAUUUAUCAGAAAGAAUUUUAUCUUUACAUUUUUAUGUCGAUUAGCAUCAGUGACUGGCUUAGUAUGAUAAUAAAUUUUGGAUUGAAGCUAAAAAUUAUAGCUUCUAGCAUUUUUGCACUUCUUUUUUACAUUUACACUUUGUUAGAUGCCCAAGAAGAUGAGGAAUGGAAAACAAAAAUAAAUACAUAGGAAGUAUUUUCAAUUAUAUUAGGAGUUUCUUUUAUGUUAAUCACUAAUAUAUUAGGAGAUUAUCUAUAAAAUUGUAGUGUAAAUGAUCUUCCUAAAAGAGAAGAAGAAUUUUUAUCUUAUUUAAGUUAUAUCCAUCUAAUUAGUGCACCUGCUUAAAAAAAGAAAACUGUAACUAUUUUAUAGAAUAAAGUUAAUGAUCUCUUUGAUAACAUAGAACAAGUUGAUUUGAGCAUUCAAAAAUGUAAAUCAAAAUUAUUACUUUUUAGUAUUAUUAAAUGAGCAAAACUAUCAGAGCAGAUUCGGCUAAUGGACAUAAUAGAUUUUCCAUAAGGCAUAAACCAUAUUAAAAUGGAAACAAAAAUAAACUAUUUAAUGUCUUUAACUACUAUUUUAUCAUUGCACAUUCUUACUCAUAAUGUAUUUAUAUCAAGAUUACAACAAUUACUUUUUAGUAGAUUAUCUGAUCAUUUUUGGACUUCAGGUAAUUGUGUUUAUAUUAUUUACAUUUAUUCAAUUACCUACAAAUAGAUAACAAUAUCUUGAGUAUGCCAAAUUUAUUAUUGCAACUGCAGCAACAGUUUCAAUUCUUUUUACAUCAAAUAACUCUGAACAUAUUGGAUCUACAUUAGUUAUGUAAUAUUUUAUUACUUAUUAAUUAUCCAUAAAAUUUCAUCCAAUUUAUGACUACAGGUUGUAUUUGGGUUCAACAUUAACAACUAUUAUUGGUUAUAUAAUUUGGUAUAUUAUUGAGAAUGAAUCUAAUGUUUCUUUCAUAAUUUAAAUCUUAUAGUUUAUCGUUCUGUUUUCAGGAUCCCAGUAUUUUGUAAAGAGCUAUGUAAGAUUAUUAUGAUUAUAAAUCUAGUAUAUAUAAUUAGAAGAAGAUUAGGCUUAAAAUAAAUUAAACUUUAUUGAGUAAAAUAAUAAAAUUAAUGACAUCCUUGGAAUUCUGUUACCUAAAUUCAUUAGAGAUAGAUUAAAUGAAAGUAAUUGAUGUUCAAUUAAUAUUUUAGCUGAUUAAUAUAAUAUCCAUUAAAACUAAGGUUUAGUGGCAAUAGUGUUUUGUGACAUUUGUAAUUUUGAUUAAAUGGUCAUAGAAGAAAAAGAUAAAAUUAUUCCAUUUUUGGAUGAUAUAUUUAGAACCUUUGAUAAAUUCUGUUAAGUUUACGGAGUUUAAAAGAUAGAAACAGUUGGAAAAACUUAUUUGGCUUCGGCUGGAUUAAAGGCAUGUGAAUAAGAAUUAACAUAUUUGUCCUAGGUUGAUCCUGUUUAGAGAGCAUUAAAUUUGGCUGAAUAAAUGAUGAAUUAUAUUAGGUCAAAAUAGUAAUACAUUAUUUUAUCUAAGGUGGGGUACUUAGGGUUAAUAAUUAGUUGGAAAGAUUGGAAUUCAUUAUGGAGGGGCCAUUAGUGGAGUCAUAGGAUUUCAUAAACCUUAAUUUUCAUUAAUUGGUGACACAGUAAAUACGACGAGUAGAGUAUGUUCGACUGGAUUAGAGGACACAAUAACUUUGUCAGAAUAAGCUUUUGAUUAAAUAAAAAAUGAAAAUAUUGAAUUCGAGAUUAGAAAUGUAGAAAUGAAAGGUUUGGGUAUUAGACCAACAUAUAUAUUUAAAUGUAAGAUUUAAAAUAAAGACAAUACUUAUUCUAUGCAAUACGAAUAGGAUUUAUAAAGUAGAGAUGCAAGAAGCAACUACGUUGUAAGAAAGAAUCCUGAAAUAUUGAAAAAAAACUUAAAGAAAAGAAAGACCAUUCUGACUUAUAUAGAUACUAUGAAUCAAAGAAGGGAGUCAAUAUAAGAUAAAGGUACUCAGAAUGUAUUUGGUAUUAAACCUACUGAUCCUGCCAUUUAUUAAUCUUAUGAUGAAAAAUCGGAAUAAUCAAUUCAAUUAUUAUCUAAGCAAGUUUCUGAGGAUAAAUAAGGAAAAUAAUAAACUUUAGAAUAACCCAGUACAUUUAAGAGAUUAGUCACAAUGCUUUAGAACAGAUUUUAAUUAGAAAAUUAUGAACCAGAAAUAGAUGAAAUGAUAGACUAUGAAUAAUUAUUGGUAUCGUUUAUGUAAUUAAUUAGAGAACGUAAUUUUAUUAAAGAACGAAUACACUCUAGAACAUAACUUAAUAAAAGAUAUCUCGUUUCUAUAAUUGUUAGAGAUUUCAUAUUAUAAGAAACAAAUGAAUUAGUUUAUAAGCUAUGACUAGUAUAUGGAAUUUGUGAAAUUUUAGUCUAGGAAUCAGACAAUUUAUAAUUUAAGGUUGUAUACCUUAUAUUAUAUGAUAAAGUAAUUUUGUUAGAUAUAAUUCUACAAUGAUUACAAUAUAGUUAUAAUUGUAUUACAAUGGUUUUGCUGCAUUCUGAACCUCAUUCAGUUUUUGAUAAACAGAAAGCCCUACUUUGAAAAAUGGAAGAUCCUAAUAAAAAUUUUAUUGCUCGUCUAAGUUAUAUUAGCAGGGAUAGCUAUAGUUUUAGAUGAUAGCGAUGAAUUGAAAAAUGUUCAUGUGUACGAGAUCGUUUUCAUCUAAUGUAUUUUUUGUAGUGUUUAAAUUCUAAGUUUUUGGGUAAAAGUGUUAUUUUGUUUUUUCAACUUUUUUUACCUAAUAAUAAUAAUUUGCAUUGAUGGAACAUAAUUAAUAAGUAUAUUUUUCAUUUUCGUAAGCUCAAUGUACAAUUUAACUUUGAUAUUAUUCAUUGAACAACAAUAAGUAGGUUGUUUUAAUCAAAAAAACAUAUUUAAAACUUAAUAGCAAAAAGAAUCAUAAUUGCUUCAGUAUUUAUUGCCGAAACACAUACUAAAUAAGUUUUUGGAUGAUAGAAUCAAUAACAUUGGAAUUUGUGAUAAAUUAGAUAAAUUGACAAUUCUAUUUGCUGACAUUGCUGGUUUUACAGAAUAUUCAAGUAAAGUGAAACCAGAAGAAGUAUUGGUAAUGUUGAAAAAUCUGUUUGUAGAAUUCGAUAGAAAAUGUUGUGAAUUGAAUGUCUAUAAAUUGUACACAAUUGGAGAUUGUUAUGUUGCAAUCGGGAUGAUUGAUUAUAAUAAUAGAAAUCCACAUUAAGAAGCAAAGAACAUAGUAGAUUUGGCCUUUGAGAUGAUCAAAAUAAUAAGUUAGGUGAGAAAGUAAAUAAACUUUGAUGGGUUGAAUAUGAGAAUAGGAAUACAUACUGGCUCAGUGUUUGGAGGAAUCAUGGGAACAGAUAUUGUAAGAUAUGAUAUCUAUGGUCCAGAUGUGCUAAUUGCAAAUAAAAUGGAAUCAAAUGGAGUUAAGGGGUUUGUACAUGUUAGUUAAGAAACAAAAGCAUAUUUAGAAUAAGAUUACGAUGAUCUUUUUACUUUUGAAAUGCAUACAACAAUAGAUCUUAAAUCAAUAAAAAGACAGAUUGAAGGAUUUCUAAUACAUAAAUUAGAAUAAGAUCAUUUUCCAGAGGAGGAAGAUUAAUUUUUAAGUUCCUGAUAGCAGUACUAAUUGUUUUUGUGAUUAUAUAUUUAAAAAUUCGAUUAACUUUUAUUUAGUACAUAUUUAUACAACAAUGAUGUAGUGCAGAGAUAUCAAAGAAUCUGCAAGAAGAUUUAUACAAAAAAAUCGUAAUUAAUUUAUAAAAUUUUAUGAGCUCAAAGAAAACUGCCGCCAAGGAUUAUAUAAGUGCAAAAGUAAAACCAGUAUUUGAUUAAUUGAUUGCUCGUAUUGUUAUUGAAAAACCAGAUGAUGUUUAUACAUGGUCAAUAAAUUGGUUAUAAAAAUAGUGUAAAUAUUUAUCGAUUGUUCAUAUUUAGAAAGAGGUUCAUUCUAGUUGCAAGUAGUAAAUAAUGAUCUUAGUGAUGAAGAGGAGGAGGAAGAGGAGCUGGUUUUGGAAAUUAAAUAGAAUCAAAAGCAAUAGACAAGAUCGGCAGUAUCUGCUGAAGUUUAUGGAGAAUAUAACAAAAAAGAGGAUUUCAAACCAAGAUUUAUAUAAAAGUCUUAGGGACAAAUUGAUAGAAUUAAGAAAAGAAUCCUUAAUUCUUUUAUGUUUUAAGCACUAGAUGAGAAGGAUCUUAAUAUCGUUUUAGGAGCAAUGGAAGAAAAGAAGUUUUAGUAAUUUUAUAUAUUAUAUAAAAAGGGUUGGAGAUUUUGUAAUUAAACAAGGAGAGGAUGGAAAUGAAUUAUAUGUGAUUGAUGAAGGCCGUCUUGAAUGUUAUAAAAGAUUCGCAGGUUUGUAAGAAGAAAAGUUACUGAAGACAUACAUUCCUGGUGAAUCAUUUGGUGAACUAGCUUUAUUGUAUAAUGCUCCAAGAGCUGCUACAAUUAAGGCAAUCGAAAAUGUCACAACAUUUGCUUUGGAUAGAGAAACUUUUAAUAAUAUUGUCAAAUUUUCAGCUAUAAAAAAAAGAGAAUAAAUGGAGGAAAUCUUAGGUAAAAUUGAGUUACUCCAAUCUAUGGAUAAUUAUGAAAGAGUUUAGUUAUGUGAUGUAUUGAGAGAGGAAAAGCAUUAGGCAGGCAAUACAAUUAUUACAGAGGUUCAAUCAUUUAUAAUAUAUUAGGGAGAAAUAGGCGAUCGCAUUUAUUUAAUAAUUGAAGGAGAACUUGAAGCUUAUUCAAAUAAAUUAAAUGAAAAGGUAUAUGACUACAAAUCCGGUGAUUAUUUUGGAGAAUUAGCCUUAUUAAAAAAUAGUCCAAGAUAAGCAACCGUUAUUGCUAAAGUAAUAUUGACUAAUACUUUUAGACAGAUGUUACCUUACUUUAUUGCGAUUUCAAUUCUUUCAAAAGGUUAAUGGGUCCACUUGAACAAGUUCUACAGAGAAAUAUGGAGAGAUAUUAACAUUAUUUAUAAUAAUGA